GGCACAAUCGUCCAUCGUCUCUCGAGCAGGAGGCGAGGCGUCCCUCAACGACGGGUGACAAGCAACGAACAACCCUUUCAGGAGACAAUGCCGGACGCCGUAGCAGACGCCGCUGCCAAGCUGCAGCUCGGUGACGCGCCGGCUGACAACGGGGCAAAGCUCCAGCUCGACGAGGAAACCGGGGAGUGGGUGUCCAAGGGAGAGCUGAAGAAGCGCCUGGCGAAGCGCGCAAAGAAGGCGCUCAAGGAGAAGAACAAGGAUGCGAACGACACCUCGGCAGCGCCGAAGGCUGCCCAGGACGCUGCAACGACCAAAAAGCCCAAGGAAAAGGCCGAAGAGGGGCCUCUCGAUCCGGAUGCCAUGUUCAAGCAAGGCUUCCUCAACGACGUCUACAACGAGCGUCCCGUCAAGCCCGUGUUUACACGGUUCCCACCAGAGCCGAACGGCUUCCUCCAUAUCGGCCACGCCAAGGCCAUCGCGGUCAACUUCGGGUUUGCCCGGUAUCAUGGCGGAAAGUGCUAUUUGAGAUUUGACGACACCAACCCCGAGGCCGAAGAGGAGAUCUACUUCACAGCCAUCGAGGAGAUGGUGCGCUGGCUCGGGUUCGAGCCCUACAAGGUCACGUACUCGAGUGACAAUUUCGAUAGGCUAUACGAGCUAGCCGAGAAGCUCAUCGGGCUCGGUAAAGCUUACGUCUGCCACUGUGGAGACGAGGAGAUCAAGCUGCAGCGCGGGGGGGAGAAGGGGACCAGCCCGCGCUACCGGUGCAAGCACGCCGAGCAGUCGGUGGAGGAGAACCUUCAGAAGUUUCGCGACAUGCGCGACGGCAAGUACAAGCCGAGGGAAGCUUUCUUGCGCAUGAAGCAGGACAUCACCGAUGGCAACCCCCAAAUGUGGGACCUUGCCGCAUACCGCGUGCUCGACAAGCCGCACCAUAGGACUGGCUCCAAGUGGAAAAUCUAUCCUUCCUACGACUUCACUCACUGCUUGUGUGACAGCUUCGAGGGCAUCACGCACUCCCUCUGCACGACCGAAUUCUUCCUGAGCAGAACUUCCUAUGAAUGGCUGAACAAGCAGCUGGUCGAGUUCCAGCCGAUGCAGCGUGAGUACGGCCGGCUCAGCAUCUCUGGCGCGGUGCUCUCCAAACGCAAGUUGAAGGAGCUGGUGGACAAGAAGAUUGUCCGGGGCUGGGAUGACCCACGCCUCUACACCUUGAUUGCCGUGCGCCGGAGAGGUGUGCCUCCCGGCGCCAUCCUCGAAUUCGUUAACGAGCUUGGUGUCACGACAUCCAACAGCAUUAUCCAGGUCACCCGGUUUGAGCAAACCAUCCGGCGAUACCUUGAGCGGACAGUGCCCAGGUUGAUGCUGGUGCUCGACCCUGUGCCUGUGGUUAUCGAAGACGCCGACGAGUUCGACGGGACGGAAGUUACUGCGCCUUUCUCGCCUAAGAACCCGGCGAUGGGCGACCACAAGAUCAAAUUCACCAAGACGGUCUACAUCGACCGGUCCGACUUCCGCGAGGUCGACAGCAAGGACUACUUCCGCCUCGCGCCGGGCAAGACGGUCGGCCUGCUCCAGGCGCCGUUCCCGAUCAAAGCCACCAGCUUCACCAAGGACGAGGCGACGGGCAAGGUCACCGAGGUCCGCGCCGUCUUUGACCGCGAGACCAAGAAGCCCAAGACUUUCAUCCAAUGGGUCCCGGCCGGCGAGGGCUCCGGCUCGCGGAAGUGCGAGGUGCGCCUCUACAACCCGCUGUUCAAAUCGGACAACCCGGCGGCGGCCGAGGGCGGCUACCUCAACGACAUCAACCCGGAGAGCGAGGUGGUCUACCCGAACGCGGUGAUCGAGUCGGGCUUCGACGAGGUCCGGGCGCGCGCUCCCUGGCCUGAGGCAGCGGGCGAGGAUAAGCAGCACAAGGGCGGCCCCGAGUCGGUACGCUUCCAGGGCAUGCGCGUCGCGUACUUCGCCGUGGACUCGGACAGCACAGAUGACAAGAUCGUGCUCAACCGCAUAGUCUCGCUCAAGGAGGACAAGGAGAAGAGCUGAGUUACGAAUCAGGGCGUGAUACUCUCCGCGUUGUCAAGUAAGCCUUGCAGGGCGUUACGGAUUAGACACUUCUUGAAUGGAGCUUCUUUGGCUUGGAGCCCCCUGACAUCGCCUCAUCAGCUUGGGCGACUGCCAUGCUUCGGUUGUUUCUGGGUUCGGCGGCCUUCUUCAAAUUCUGGAUUACACGUCCCUGCCAAAGCUGCCCAGCCUUUCAAUUAGCAGGUUGUUGCGCCCGAAUGUUUGGUGGAAUACCUACCUACUCAUGCGACGCGAUCAGCUUUAGCUUUUUUUUUUUUUUUUUUUUUAUAAACGUCGUCAUGGCCAACAUCCCGCA